CCGUUGUUGUUGGAGCGCGUGUUGCCCAUUGUCAUGGCGUGCAAAGUGAAGCACACUGUCCCAGCGCAGUGUUCGCAGCCCAUCAGGGUGGCAUUUUAUGCCCUUGAGACCUUCAACGUCAAUUCAACUUUCACCGUGGUCGUUUGGGAGCGCAGAUUGGGAAUAACAUGGAAAGGGAGGCUGGCACAUGACACAUGCCGAUGAGCACGACGACGACCAAUAUGGAUGUGCCACGUCAGAAGUUCGUGGGUGACAGGAGAAUGAUUGCAAAGACAAGUGGGGAUCGGAAACUGAAGUUGAAUUUGGUUCCAAUCAUCAGAAAAUUUGAAGUUUCCCAAAAGUGGUCGGUGACGAAACACACAAGCUUCAGCAGGGACGGGUUUCCUCGGUUUGUAAAUUUCUUCGAGGUUGUUCCAACUCCUGGACCAGGUCCAAACUGCCCAGAUCCUUUUGAACCCGGCGAGAAAUGGGGUGUCGGCGGCAAAGACGCACACAGGUGCACAUCUACGGGUGCUCGCACCUUAUCGCAAAACAGUGUGAGAACAAUGUCGGCGGUGGAGGUGCUGAAAGGGAGGAAACCCCCCUUCAGGGGUGUUGGGAGCAUGGGCCAGAUGUGGUGGCCAGAUCAGUUGCAAGCUCAACUGCAUCACACUCUAAGGGAAAGCGGCAAAGUGGGUCUUCUGUCAUCGGCUCAUCCCCCUCGAAGGCAAGCAUGGGAGGAAGAUAAUGCUGUUGUCAAUACAAAGGAUGCUCGACUGCGUCCAUCGCAUCUUGGAGAUCCGACGGUUGUAGAUGUGACCCAAUACAAAGCAGGUGGUAGAGGGACUGGGAGGGUUGGAGAUGACCUUUUCCAUGAACAGCAAGGGGGCUCAGCACAUGAGAAGAGAUGGACUUUGAACCAGGCACCGGGCCAAAAUGGCAAUGCUUUGUCAAGCAAAGCGGAUGUGAACUCUUUGCGUAGUCGUGGAGCCGACCGAGAUGAGCAUGGAGUGAUCGAGACAAUUGCACAGGACUGGAGGCCACGAUCAGCGGCAGGAAUGCUGGAUUUGCACUGUGGGUUUCGUUGUGGAAGUAAUCGGUGUGAUUGUGAUGAUGAUGAUGUCAAUGCAAUGAAGGUUGCAGGUUGUCGACCAUCUUCCGGGUUCAGGAGAAAUGGAGCAUUGAAAAACGGAGAUGUCGGUGCAGGAAGGUGUUUCUCAGCACCAGCAGAUCCCAUGUCAAGGGUGGCCGGGGGAAGCAAUACUGGCCGUAGGAUCGGCCAGGUGGCAGAGCUUCUGUCAAUCAAGGAGUUGGAGAGGCUCAAAGGCAUUUUGGAGGAGCUGCUGAGGUGUCGCCGUGCCAAAGAAGGAUCGCCUGACGUCCGUUCCCAGGUCGGGAGGGUGGUGGACGCUGAUCCCCUUCCAUGGGUGAAUGGUGUUGUCGUUCCUCGACCACCACUCGAUAGCGGCCCCUCGACAUGUUGCGAGGGACCCCUUGACAAUGCCACGGAAAUCAAUGGCUCAGAAAGAGAGUUGGGAAGGUUGACGAAACUGAACGAGGCAGUGUGUGGAUCAGAACCCUCUCGUGGUGGUCGGGCUUGUUGUACUGGUGUCGUGGGGAGUGCCGACAUCGGCAACCACGUUCAUGGGUCAGGAAGAGUCUACGAAGUGGUGCGUGGAGUAGAGAAGUCGGUUCCACUUGGUGAUAUUGUGCCUCAUGACACGAGGCUUCAUCAGGAUGCGAACCAAGGGGAUAUGUUGGAGACCCCUCAGCUUUGGGAUCACGGCUUGGAAGAGGGGAGGAACGGUGUCGUUCUCCAGAAAAGAGGCUUGCCUGAAAGAGUCAGAGGCGGUGUUCCGGUCACUGCAGGAUUUGAAAAGCAGACCCCAAAUGCAGUUGAAAAUUGCACGUGGAUGGGUAGUCGUAAAAGUGGUGGCGAGUUGGGUAGAGGAGCUUGUGUGUGUCAGACGCAGCAGCAUCCAAAUUGUGCGCCAAAACUUGCACUGCGUGAAAAGAAAGAGAUGGAAAAGGCAAGGCACAUGGAAAUCAAGGAGAUUGAGAGAAGAAUGGCGUCCGUCAAAGCCCUGAUGAUGAAGAUCCGGCUGCAUAACGUAAAGCUUGCGGCCAAGAAAGCGCAAGAGGUGUCACAGAAGGCGACCACAGGAGAGGCACAAGAGCGUACGUUGGAGGAACCAAAACCAGUGGUGAAGGGGGCUGUUGCUGAAGAUAAGAGAGAUCGGAGGUGUCGGAAACCCGAAGCUGUUGACGCCCUAAUGAUGAAGAUCCGAUGGCAUAACCUAAAAAAGCUCGCAGCCAGGAGAGAAAAAGAGGCGUCACAGAAGGCGGCCACGGGAGAGUCACAAGAAACUACUAUGGAGGAACCAAAAGCAGUGGUGAAGGGGGGUGUUGGUGAAGAUGAGAGAGAUCGGAGGUAUCGCAAACUCGAAGCUGUUGACGCCCUGAUGAUGAAGAUCCGGCGGCACAACCUAAAAAAGCUUGCAGUGAGGAGAGAAAAAGAGGCAUCACAGAAGACGGCCAUGACAGCAUCACAAGAAACUACGACGGAGAAACAGAAAGCAGUGGUGAAGGGGCGUGUAGGUGAAGAUAAGAGAUAUCGGGGGUGCCGAAGACCCGAAGCUGUCGAAGCUCUGAUGAUGAAGAUCCGACGGCAUAACACAAAGCUCGCAGCCAGGAGAAAAGCCAGAGAGGCGUCACAGGAGGGGGCCAUGGCAGAGUUGCAAGAAACUACGACGGACGAAGCAAAGGCAGUAGUGGAGGGGGAUGCCCGUGAAGAUGAGAGAGAUGGGAGGGGUCGAAAAGGACCAUCUUUUUCUCAUGAGAAGGGAAAGGGGGGGGAUUGCACAAAAGGGCAGGCAGUGACUUCUGACGUCACGGCGACUCCGGUGAAGUCUCAAGGAAGUGGGAGAGAGCCAAAGAAAGUAGGGCUACAGAACAUUGAGCAGGGAGAUAAGAAGACUCGUCCAGGCCAGACAGCCUUGUUGUCCAGUGAGAUGGGAAAGGAGGGGGGGAUGCAAAAGGCAACGAAAGCUGGUGUAGGAGAGGGUGUGAUAAACCUGCAAGGAAGCGGAGUAGACACAGCAAAAGCAAGGACGAAGAGCAAUUACAAGUCAGAAGGUGCAACAGAUCAGAGUUAUAAAAGUCUCUUGUUAUCCCAUAAUGAUAUGAGAAAGGAGGGGGAGAAAGGGCAGGCAACUACAAAUGGAAAACACAGUGAAGAUGGUUGUCCAAAGCCCCAGAGGGCCACUGAUGAGGCAGAUAAAGGGCUUACGAAAUCAGAAAAAGGGGGAAAACAUCAAGCAGGGGUUGUAGUUGCAGACAGAUUGCCAAAUACCGCUACUUGUCGCCUGAUGGGGGGGCGUGGUCAUAGGGAUGCGAAUCCCAAAGUGCCACGUGUCAGGGAGGUCACCACAGCUGCUGCUAAUUGCUCACCACAAAGGGCUGCUCGAGGAAGAGGGUCUACCAAUCAUCACCUUAAGCGGCAGGAAAGUCAGGUAAGGGAGGUGGAAGAUGGAGGAGGAGGAGGAGGAGGAGGAGGACGCGGCGGUAUGACUGUAAAGACCCCUGCUCCAGGGACAUAUGUGGUACUUUCCGGCAGUUCCAUCAGCAAACCUUCUGUGAAGGAGCCAGAAUGUUCUGUAAUUACCAGCAAGAAAGUGUGUGGAAGAGAGGAGAGAGGAUCUGAUCGCAGCUGCUGGACCCCAACGCGCGUUGCGGAAUCUCCUGUUUUAGCAACUGUGGUGCGGGAGUCCUGGCAAGACGAGCUCACAGAAUGCCACAUGGCGGAACUGGAGGGUGGCAAGCCGGUAGAGGGAUACCGGGUGUCCUCAUCGAUCGAGGAGGCAGGAGGUGCGAAGAGCGCACAUGGAAAGUUAGACCUGUUUGGAAUAGACAGCCAAGCCGUAUUGCAGACUCUGGAGAGCGAAAAUCCAAAGAACCAGACGGACAACCAAACAUCAUGUAGUGUGCAGUUGCAAGCUAUGGUGAAGAGUGGUGUAAAAGCUAUGGCGCAGAGUUUUGAUGAAAAAGAGGACGGCCGUGUUCGUCAUGUAAAGGGUGCUCCCGAAGCGGUGGCAGUGAGGAGCUCUUGUGAUGAUGGAGAUGACCAUGUUUGUCAUGAAGAAGCUGAAAAUCUUAGUGGGGAGGAGAGGAGGUUGCAGAAGCAAUUGCAGCAUGAUCAAAUGGUAGCGAGGGACGAUAGCCAGAGCAAGACCAUGGCAGAAUAUCUGAGAGGGAGGGGGAUUCCAGGGGGGGAGGAGGAGUCCUCUCAAGAUGACAAUGGAAAGGAAGGAUCUGUUGCUGGAAAAGGAAGCAGGUUGCAUAAGGAAUGGGGUUUGCAUCUAGGUGCAGAUGACCAAGAGGCAGUCAGAGGUGAUGACCAGAACAUGUCAAUGAUGCGGACAAUUGAGGAGGAGGAGGAGGAGGAGGAGGAGGAGGAUGAGGACCCUGAAGUUGAGAAGGGAGAUCAAGAGAUGCCGACCGUAGCAAUUAUAAUUGAAGGAGGGAUUGAUGUUGACCAUGGAACAGAGAUGAACCGUGGGGUUGUUUCGGAUUCCAACAUACUUGGUGCAGCGGAGAGGGCCCGCAAAUUGGAACACGAUGGUGGACAAGUUAUUUGCAAAGAAAGGGAUCCUCUAGGAGGAGGUGAUAAAUGUGCAGAUACCAGUGGAAGACAAGAUGUCCACAAGGGGUGUGGGAGCAAGACGGAUGCUGUCAGGAUGUCCUUAGAGUGUAGUCUGUUGCGGAACGGGGUAGACUUUUUGAAAGACAAAGAGGGAACUUUAGGAUAUACUAAUGAUGCCGAAAGGAAGGAGAAGGAUUUCGGCAGAGGAGGAAUACCAGUGAAAGUGCUGGUUGGGGAAGUUGGUGAUGUGGAGGAACCGCAGAAAAGCGCCAUAAUAGGUGAGAUGAACACGGAAAAGAGAACUGUUGAUACUACUAAACUCAGCAGGAAUGUGAUGAAGGGUUACUUACGAUCCCAGCAACCGGGAAAAACAUGCGCGACUUCUCGAAAGGAUGGGAUUGCACGGCGAUCGUCAAAAACUUCGACAGCGAAAGUCGAGAAGAAGAAAAGUGCAAUUCCUAAACUUCUGACUCAGGAAAAGGGUGGAAAUGCUGCAGCAGAAGUACUACAGGUCCAUCAUCCGCAUGACCGAAUCUCAACAAAGGAGGGGAUUGCAAUGGAGGAGAGGGUUUCUUCUCUUGGUCCAGUGCUGGAGACGGGACGUCCAGGCGCACGACGAAAUAGUCCCCCACCAGGUGUCCAAUCUGUACGUGGUAUCCGAAGUCAGGGUGAGAGCAGUUUAGAGGCUUUGGACGAGGCUUUGGACCCUGCCGAUAGAGCUCUUGAUCGGGCAGCAAAGUCUAUGGCUCAUUUGCCUUUGGAUAAGAUGAUUAACAUUCCUAAUGAAGGUGCAACUACGGCAGGGAUGACUCCUCAAUCACGCAGAAAUGUUGGCGAAAGUUGGCAGGAGGCCUGUUUAGACCCCCAUGGGGAUAGAGGUGUUGAUUGGGCAAAGAAAUCUGGCGAGCACCAUUUGCCAGUCGAUGAGACAAUUGGCAUUUGUAAUGAAGGCACAUCUACGCCAGGGAAGAGUCUGCAGUCACCUGGAAAUGGUCGCAGCAGUCGGCAGGGGGGUUGUUUAGAUGCCCAAGCGAAAACAGAUGUUGAUCGGGCAAAAAAAUCUGGCGAGCACCGUUUGGCUGUUGAUGAGAUGAUUGGCAUUUGUAGUGAAGGCACUUCUAUGGCAGGGAGCAUCGGCCAAGUUCUGGACGAUUCGGAGGGUGGAAAGGAGGUGCGAGUGGAGAAAGUAGACUGCAUUGCAGACACGUCUUUGACGUCUUACAUGCUGGCCAAAGAUGACAGACUCUCCUCAAGGGAUGACAUGAGCACAACGGGGGCAAUGGUACGUGGUGGCGGCAGAAGCGUGCUGACCGGAGAGCAAGACCAAGAUGCAAAAUUGGGUUUGUGUUCAGAUCUGCAAGUGACAACAGAGACACCAUUGACCCAAGGAGUGAAUGUAGUGGGGCAUAGGGAGUUUAAUGCAAGCAGGAAUGAGGAUCGGAACGCUCCUAGCUGCACGGCCGUGCCAUCACAGACAUGGGACAGUCAGGACGGUCAUACACAGCAGACGAAAGCGAUCAGGGCUGGAUAUGACGGUCCAAAAACGACCACUCAGGAUGCGAGGAUUCCAGCCGGAAGGAGUCGAAACAGCAGUAACGACAAGUUUGCCAAGGACACCUUGGACCAAAUCCUGAACGCCAUGCACAGGCCAGGAAUCAGGCCAGCAGUUUUGCCAUCGCUGCCAUUCUCAGCGAUGACAGACCCCUAUGCCGCUCAGUUCGGACCAUCACCAAGCUGUACCUCAGCAACAACACUAUCUCAGAUUGUUGGUUCUUCAACUUCUGGUCCAGCGGCUGGAGCUACACCACAACCGCCACCUAUCUCACCAGUGGGACAACAACAACCUUGGUACCCCAAGACCCCUUUGAAACCACCUCCAACCUUCUUAGGAGAUAAGAAGGACGAGGCACUCGACACUUGGUUGAGAACGGUUCCAGUGUGGGUCAGGGCGAAGAGGACGCUGGUAGAGGAGGAGGUGAUUACUGUUGCAUCCUACUUAGAGGAUUCAGCAGCUCGCUGGGUAAAUGGAGCUUCCAAAGGAUUCGACAAAAACAUGGGUGACUGGGCCAAGACCCAUACCCUCGAAAGCUUUAUGGAUUUGGUGGAGGCUCGAUGGCACAACCCUCAGCAGGCACAAAUUGCCACUGAUGGGCUAUUGAAACUUGACUCUAGGAAGCCAUUCGUUGUGACCAUUGACGCAAGCCAAUAUGGCAUCGGCGCAUUGCUGGCUCAGCAGGAAGGGAAACAAUUGAGACCGGUCGAGUAUAUGAGCAAAAAGAUGUCAUCAAAGAAGUUGGCAAAGUCCACCUACGAGAGGGAACUCUAUGCUCUCUACAAGGCACUUGUCCACUGGAGGCCUUAUCUGUUAAGAAGGUUCUUUUACUUGGGAACGGACCAUCAAACCCUCAAGUGGAUUAAGACCCAACCAGUGCUCUCCGAUGCACUCAAACGCUGGAUUGAAGUUAUAGAUCAGUAUGACUUCAAACUAGACUAUGUGAAGGGAGAGUACAACAAGGUUGCAGAUGCGUUGUCUAGAAGGGCAGAUUACCUAGGUGCGCUGAUUUAUGAGUUUGGCUUAUCUGAGGACGUUACUAGAUCUUUGGGGGAAGCCUACAAGCAAGAUCCCAUCGCGAUGGACAUCAUCAACAAACUGCAGGCCAAAGACAAGGCCACCUCUGACGAGUUUGUGAUGUUGGAUGGGUUACUCUUUCUUGAAAAGGCUGGAUUUAAGAGGUUAGUUGUUCCAUCUAGGGAGAUUUUGCGUAGUUUAUUUCUAGGUGAGUGCCACGACGCAACGGGACAUUUCGGCUACAAGAAGACUAGUGCUAACUUAGUACAACGAUUUUGGUGGCCUAACACGCUGGACGAUGCAAAGAAGUAUGUACAGACCUGUCAGGUCUGUCUGCGGGACAAGCCGCGGACUCAAGCUCCGCUGGGGUUACUCAAGCCUCUACCCAUUCCUGCUGGCCUAGGGCAGAGUAUCUCCAUGGACUUCAUGGAUACUCUCGUGACCAGCAAGAAUGGCAAGAGGCACAUCUUCGUCAUGGUUGAUAGGUUUACUAAGUUCGCUAGACUAAUUGUCAUGCCAGAGACCACCAGGAUUGAACACGUCAUCAAGUUAUUCAUGGAUAACUGGGUGCGUGAUCUUGGGUUUCCAAAGACAAUUGUUAGUGAUAGAGAUGUGCAUUUCACCAGCGAGAUGUGGAAAAAGACCGCUGAGCAGAUGGGAAGACAGCUUAGGAUGACUUAUGGGAAUCAUCCCGAAGCAAAUGGGCAGGCUGAACAGAUGAACUGCGUGGUGCAACAUCUGCUGAGGCAUUACAUUAAGCCCAGCCAGGAUGAUGGGGAUGAGAAGUUACCUCUCAUCGCCAGUCUGUACAAUAACGUUGUACACAACACCACCGGGGUCACCCCGAAUCAGCUGCAUCUGGGAUGGAAGCCUAGAUCUGCUCUAGACUUCCUCUUGCCUGAAAACCGAACUGCUGCAACUCCUGGAACCAUUGAAUUUGGUGUCCAGUACGAGAAAUUGUUGCAGCAGACUGUCGAACACAUCAGGAAAUCUCAGGAAGCCAUGUUUGCUUCUGAGAACAAGCAUCGCUGACAGUCCACAUUUCAGGUAGGGGAACAUGUCUAGGUCAAGGCUAGUGAUUUGGGACAGGAGUUUGGCAUCUCUAGAAAACU